UACACCUCUACUUUACGAUGCGGGUGGACCAAGAAUGGAAAGCGCCCUCCUACUCCUGAAAUCUCAAGAAAGGGAUGACUUCUCUGCCAAGUGCAUGACUCCUGAAAAGCUAUGCUCAAGAGAAGAGGUAGCAGAUUUUAUAUGGCACACCGAACACGCAAAAAGUAUUGGAGAGGAAUGGUUCUGGCAUACGUACGUGUGUCUAAGACGAGAAGAUGCCCAGCUUUGUCCAGUUGACGGUGGUUGGGCCUCGUGGGGAGCAUGGGGCAACUGCUCGGCUAGCUGUGGGAGGGGUACCAUGUCCCGUCAUCGACACUGUUCCCACCCCACCCCUCAGCAUGGUGGGAGGGGGUGCAGUGGGACUUCGGCACAGGUAUCCGACUGCGAAACUCACCUACCAUGUUUGCACGACCAUGAAGCAUCAACCAACGUAACAGAGACACUUCUCAUGGACAUGUUGGCCUUUCUUCGACCAUUUCAUCAGGAAGAUCUUCAUCUUGAGAGGGCGUGCUUGAGAGGCCAUUGCAGUUAUCAGCAAGUUCUGGACAUGAUACAACCUGUUGAGCUUGCGAAUCGUUAUUGGUCACGUCUGAAUUGCUACAAAUACUUUGAAGGAUGCCCAGUGACUGGUGGAUGGUCAUCGUGGGGUGAAUGGAGUCCGUGUACCUCACAGUGCGGUACAGGUCAGUCCUUCCGUACCCGACAUUGUAAUAAUCCAUAUCCCAGCAACGAUGGUCAACCAUGCCUUGGGCAGCCGGUGGAAGAGAAGGACUGUUUUCAAGAUAUCUGUACCAGUGCAAUUGGUACAUUCCUAACGCCCUGGUCGCCCUGGUCUUCGUGUUCUGAUGGAUGUGGUCAAGGAACGAAAGUAUCGACCCGACGUUGCCAUGGCAGCGAUACUUGUACCGUUGGGUUGGAAGAUAAAAAGCGAGAUGUACGGACUCUGACGAGACGGGCGCCCUGUAUGCUAAAGGAGUGCCCAAUUCUCGGUGGGUGGAAUGCUUGGGGUGAAUGGAGUACGUGCAGUACCGUCUGCGGCGCCGGAUAUCACAUACGGGUACGUGCGUGCAGCAAUCCUUUACCCAUCGGCCCACAGAACGAGUGUCCUGGCGAUAGGUACGAAAAAGAGGCGUGCGUGCAUGAAUCGGACGAUUGUGACCAGGCACCGGAAGUUCGAGAGUAUGGAUUGUGGAGUACGUGGUCUCAAUGUAGCGCAUCAUGUGGAGCUGGGACUAAGAUGAGACACCGGUCGUGCUCGGAUCAUCAGACCAUUGAAUGCACUGGACCUGUCUAUAACACCUGGCCAUGUAAUAUGAAAUUGCCAUGUCCAGUGGACGGUGAUUGGUCAGAAUGGUCUUCUUGGACCACGUGCUCGGUCACAUGUGGUGUCGGUGAGACAGUGAGGUACAGGUUAUGUGCUAACCCGUCACCAAGUCAUGGAGGAAAGGAAUGCGAGGGAGACAACCAGGAAGCCAAGAAGUGUAGAAUUGUCAAAUGCCCACCAUUGACCCCUCUAUGGGGUUCAUGGGGAGCGUGGAGUGAGUGUUCCGAGUCUUGUGAAGGUGGGACCAGGUCCCGACAGCGAUGGUGUCUGGUCCGUAAACCGGCAUUAAAACGGAUGGUUAGGGUCAAGAUGACUAACAAAUGUGCCGGAGAGUUUCAGCAGUUUGCGGUCUGCAAUGCACAAACAUGCCCAGUUGACGGUUCUUGGGCCAACUGGGGAGCGUGGACAUCUUGUUCAUCUACCUGCGGGGAGGGUGUGAUGAGAAGAGACCGUAGCUGUACCGACCCCGCUCCCGUGGGCAAGGGAGACGUCUGCGGUGGAUACGGCACCGAGACCAGGCACUGCUUUUAUAGACCUUGUGCAAAACGAGGCAAAGUCCUACUACGAUUCGAUGGCUCCUCUUUCUUGAUCUACCGUCGUGCGGCUCAUCCCGCCCGUCAUCUUCUCGUGUUCCUUUCAUUUAUUCCCGCUGAUCCCCAUGGCCUUCUCGUACUUCGUCGUGAAGAGGAAUGGACACAAGUGAUUCUGAUGGCUCGCUUGAUCGAUGCCCGUGUACAGCUCUAUGCCGAGAUCGGACCUGAGAUCGUAGUCCAGUUCGAAGGUGAUGCGGUCAAGCUUGAUAAGUGGAAUACAUUGGAAAUCGGAUUUGACGGAAGGGAUGCGUGGCUUCGUGUCAAUGAUGGUGACGUCACAGUAUACGAGGUUGACGGACCAAUUCCAGACGACUUGGACUGGGACCUGCCCAUGUAUGUCGGCGGGGCUUUACCAAAUCUCUUUCCUGGGCAUUUCGAUAAAAUAGGAGGUUUUACGGGUAAAAUCGCAAAGCUGCGAGUAAACUACCGUGAAUACAGCUUGCAUGAGUCAGACGAAUGGGUAGGCGGUGGAUUGCCCUAUGUUAGCCUGAACGUAGAAGAGGAACAAGUCACAGACAUCGACUCCGAUGUUCCAGCUUUCACGGGGAAGGAGUACGCCCUUCUCCCAAUCCCGCCCUCUUUAAACAUGAGCGAUUCAACAAACCAUUUACUGCUUAGUAUGACUGUGCGCGCUGCUGAAGGGGAAGGUAUUCUCCUGUACGUCCAAGGCAGAUUCCCCGGGUCUUUCUUCGCUCUUAGCCUCGAAGAUGACAAACUCCUGAUCACGCUGUGUCUAGGGCAUGACCAAGAGGUCUUUCAGCGGCUUGCCGAUCCAGUUGAGUUUGGAAAGUGGUCAUUGCUCGACGUCAAAGUCACAGAUUUCAACGUCGAGUUGCGUGUUGGAAAAGGUCCUGCAACACAACUUACCUCCAUUGGACAUGCCCCUUUCAAGCCGACCUCAGAACUAUAUGUAGGCGGGGUCAGUCAGCUAGACCAGCUGGAUGUUGAAUUGAAUACGGGGGCCAAGCAUGGGUUCUGUGGCGAGAUCUUGGAGGUGUCGGUCAAUUGGGUAGAUUUUGAGAUGUACGAGACUGCCCUCUCUACCGACGUAUUGGUCAACUCAGCGUCAGCUACUGUUGGAGCACACUUUCGUGACAUCCAUGCACCCGCCGAAGCGUCACUCCUCUUACGAUGUCAAUUCGGCCAUCUUUUAGACCAGGUCGAGGAAGCCUACCGAUGGACCCACGCGACGUGGCUCUACAAAGGAGAUAGGCUCCUUGAGUUUACCCCACAUUGCAAGAUAGUCCCGAGUGAUCCGGAUUAUCCCUACAGUGCCUCUCUCUUGUUGAGCUCAAUAUCCAAGGAAACGGAAGGCUUCUACGCAUGUCAGGUGCACUUUAGAGGUCUGAGUGUCAUUACGCAUGCGUUCUCCGUCACUGUCAAUGAAACAUACGAUGGAGGACCUGCUCUCGAUAAAGCUGUAGACAUCAUCAUCGUCGCCGGUGUUGGAUCAUUUAUGGUGGUCGUUUUUCUGGUCGUGAUCAUGUCGUUCUGUGCACCGUGUCGAAGAUGGUCAUACUUUUUAGAUCGUCUUCAUGACUCACUGACCUUCUGCUGUGGGUGCGAGCCAGGAGGUGGCUUACCCCCGGGACUGACUUACGCUCAUCUGGCCGAAGUAGAUGAUUCAUACGGUCCGGACUUUUCAGCUCGGAGAGAGAAGGCGAAGUUGGACGCCAGGAUGAGGGACUGGGGAUACGAAGAUAACUGGAUGAGAUUGAGGAGCGAGAAUGAGGAGAGUGUUGAGGAUGAUCAAGAAUCGGGAGAGGACUCUGAUGAUUCUGUUGAAGUAGACGAGGAAGAUGGCUUGUCUGCACCAACAAGCUCAAAAUCAUCACCCGAACGUGAGGGUGACAGGCGUCGUGGUGGCAGAUCCCGGCGUGACGACCAAAUAAACUCGGUGGUCCGAACCGACAAUGUUAGAAGUGUCAAAGAAUCACCUGAUCAAAAAGAAGUGCCAACAAAUAAGAGAGCAAACGAACAAAAAUUGAAUGAAACAGCUAAACAGACUUCCUCGAAAAGAGAAGCAAAAUCAAUUGAAUUGCUACGUGGGAGAUCGUUUAACGAUGAUGUCGACCAAGUAAGAAAGGGGACUGAUGACAUUGCAAGGGUCAGAAGAAAUAUCGCAGAGACAUUCGAUGAGGAGGAAACAGCAAUUAAGCGUUCUGAUUACCAAAAGGAUGAAACUGUAUCUGGUCCUCCAACAGAGAAGAAUGUGAAAUCAGAUGAUGAACCAUGGUUUCUGACAUCAGAACCAGCCGUAGAUGCUGAACAUCAGACAUUACCCACGGUUCCUGCCUCUACGGGUCUGUCUUUAGAAGCCAAUUCAUCCUAUACGCAGCAACAAACACAAGCGUUAUCUUUAACAUCGCAAGUACAAGAUGCACCACCUCAACCUUCAGCCAAAAGAGAAUCAGUUUCUUCACCCCAUCAGUCAAUGACCACGUUUUCGCUGAACCAAAUUCCCAUGGAUAAAUCGAGGAUGAGUAGAAUGAAUUCAGUAGUUCUUGAAUCGAAUCAAGAUCAACCGCUCGAAACACGUGAGUCCAUUCUUCCUGAUUUCCCCGAUUCGUUUGAUUCUAUGCAUCAUUUACUGAAAGAUAGUUACCAUUCUGCACUCGCUCCACCACCACCUCCAUUGGGGCUUUCAAGACCACCUUUGCCACCGUCUUUAGCAGGAGAUCAUCUUACACAUGUACCCCCACCUCCAUUGCAUACACCACCUCCUCCUGACUUGGGUAAUGUACCCCCUCCGCCUGCACAGGAUGUAAAUCCGUCCUUUGCUCUGCCACAAAACAUGCCUCCACCACCACCAGAUCUGCAGAACACCACUGUACCCCCACCACCACCAUCGAUAUCCAUGCAGAAUAGUGCUCUUCCACCUCCACCACCACCAGCAUUGCAGAACACCACUCUACCCCCACCACCACCACCACUAGUCCAGCCUAACAACCUGACACCAAUGCCACCGCUAGGUCAGUCAGAUGCUCUUCCCCCGCAGCCACCCUUAAAUCCAAUCAGCAUCUCUCGGGAAAAACUAGAACUAAACCGGCAGCGUCGCAAAAGCACGGGUGCUCGAUUCGAAAGAGGGCACCAAGCAGUUGACCAACUAAACGCUAAUCAAAACUCAAGACGAUCUGCUGGUGUCCAUGGUGGUGAUACAGUGACAACGUACCUUGCGACAUUGGGUGCUAGCCCCUUCCGGUCAGAUACAACCCCCAAAGAACUGUCUUCACCGGGUGGCGAUUCGAGUUUCCUUAAAGUGCGGAACAACAGGAACGACUCCAAGGAAAGGGAGAAACUCGACCACACUCUUGGACUCGUGUCAGAGCUCUUGGACAGUUUGAAGCGAGCUGAGCAUAGGCCUACCUCUGAAUCACAUGCUGAAGAGCUUGGUGAAGGACGCUGUGUGGAUGACCAAGGUGACACCUACCUCUGUGAAGAUUGUGAAAGAGCUAUGGAAGAAAAGAACGGCAGCUUAAAACUCGUGAGUGUAGAUGACUUGUUGUCGAACGAAGAUGAUUUCCAGUCGUGCGCUGAUAACUCACCAGAUAUCUAAACACAGCAUUGUAAAUAGUAUUACAGUUUUUAUUUAUUCAUGUCCAAUGUGGAGUAAUUUUGUAUCAAUAAUUUAAUACCCUAUUAAAAACGGGCAUUAUGUAUCAUAGGUUAUAUCAUA